AUGGCUACUCCUACUCCAGAUACACCUGAACAAUAUGAUCAGUUUGAAGAUGAGGAGUCUGAACAGCAACUGGGGUCUACAGCAUCCGGAAGGAAACGAUUGUUUAGUAAAGAACUGAGAUGUAUGAUGUAUGGAUUUGGCGAUGAUCAAAAUCCGUACACUGAGAGUGUAGAUUUUUUAGAGGACCUUGUUAUUGAAUUUAUUACUGAAACUACUCAUAGAGCCAUGGAAGUUGGCAGACCAGGUAGAGUACAAGUUGAAGACAUUAUAUUUCUAGUUAGAAAGGACUUCCGUAAAUAUGCCCGUGUCAAAGACUUGCUUACAAUGAAUGAAGAAUUGAAGAAAGCCAGAAAAGCUUUUGAUGAAGUCAAAUAUGUUGAAGAUCAACAAUAG